AUGCCAUGUGCAGCAAAUGCUACAUGUGCUACUUUAAUAAAUGGUAGUGCUAUCUGUUUAUGUCCAACUGGUAUGACAGGUAGUCGUUGUGAUCAAUCAAUAUUAAAUUCAUGUCCAACAAGCACUCGACCCACACUUGUUUGUUUAAAUGGUGGUACAUGCAUACCAGGUAGUGGAUGUUUUUGUGAUGUUGGAUUUGCUGGUGAUGAUUGUGGUACACCAAUAUUUAAUAGUUGUACAAGUUCAACUUGUUUAAAUGGAGGUACAUGUGUACAAUUAUUUAAUAGUACACUUAUAUGUAUAUGUCCAAUUGGUUAUACUGGUUCAAGAUGUGAAACUUAUACUUCAUUAUGCAUACCAAGUCCAUGUCAAUCUAAUGGUACUUGUAUUCCAAGUGGUACAACUGGUUAUAUAUGUAUAUGUCCACCGAAUUUUACAGGACCACAAUGUAAUCUCGUUACUAAUCCUUGUCUUUAUGUACCUUGUCUAAAUAGUGGUACUUGUGUACCACUUCAAAAUGGUGGUUAUCGUUGUAUUUGUUUACCAACAUUUACUGGUACACAAUGUCAAACAAUUCUUGAUCCUUGUUUAUCAGCACCAUGUAACACAGGGACAUGUGUUAGUACAAAUAAUGGUCUUGCUUAUAUUUGUAAUUGCCCACCACAAUUAACUGGUCCAACAUGUCUUACAGCUAAUCCAUGUGGAUUUCAACCAUGUCUUAAUGGUGGUACAUGUGUAUUAACAGGUACUAGUACAUAUACAUGUAGAUGUCCAAUAAAUUAUUCCGGUACAAAUUGUCAAAUAUAUAAUUUAUGUUUACCAAAUCCAUGUCUUAACAAUGGAACUUGUACGAUGUUAACAACAUCAACAAUAUCAUGUUUAUGUACAACAACAUAUUAUGGUGAUCGAUGUCAAAUAUUAAAUCCAUGUCGAUAUCCAAUAUGUAUUCAUGGUAUUUGUCAAAUAAAUUCUUUUACAUUAACAGCUCAAUGUGCAUGUUAUGCUGGAUGGACAGGCACUUAUUGUGAUGUAUUAAUUGCUUGUUAUAGUAAUCCUUGUAUAUAUGGUACAUGUGUAUCGUCAUCAAGUACAUCUGGUUAUAUAUGUAAUUGUAUAGCUGGUUAUUAUGGUCCACAAUGUCAAUAUCCAAUAAUACAAACACCAUGUGAAAGUAGGCCAUGUCGUAAUAGUGGUACAUGUCAAGUAGCAAUGAAUGGAUAUAUUUGUUUAUGUCCAGCUUAUUAUGUUGGUGUCAAUUGUGAAUAUAUUAAUCCAUGCGUACUAAUUGGAGCACCUUCAUCAUGUCAGUCACUAUUAACCCCUUCAGGAAAUUAUACAUGUUCAUGUCCAACAAAUCCACUAUGUUUAACAAAAUAUUCAUGUGAGAAAAUAAAUAUUUAUAAAUAUCCUAGUGUUCAAAUUCCUCAAACCGAAAAUGAAUUACAGCAAUCAUUGGAAGAACUUAGUAAAAUAAAUAAUAAAAUUGAUGGUCUUAAACAAACAUUAAACAAAUAUAAAGAAGAAGAAGCUGAUGUAUCUGUACAAUUCGCCGAUUUAACUAAAGAAAAAGAAAAAACAGAAAAAUCUCAUUUAAACAGGUUAACUACAAAAAUUGUUCGAGCAGAAGUAACAUUUGAUGAAUUAAAUCAUGGUUUCACGAAAAUAAAUCAAUAUUAUGAAGCUAAAAUUGCCGAAUUAAAUGAGGCAAUUAAAAAACAUGAACAAAACUUAAAUCAAAAUAAACCUGAACAAAAUCAGGUAAUGGAAAGUUUAGUCGAUGUUAAUGAAAAGGAAAAAGAAAAGAAAAAAAUACAUUUAUAUCAAUUAGCUGCAUUAAUUCUUCAAAAGAAAGAAGAUUUAAAGAAAUUACAUGAUAAUAUUGCCAAAAUUGAUAAACAUGAUGGAGAAAAUAUUUGUAAAAUCAAAAACAACAUUAUUGAUCUUGAAAAACAAUUACGUGAACAUAAAAAUGAAGAAAAUCAUCUAUUAGAAAAUUUAACAGAUGUAAAAGAAAAAACCGAAAAUGAAAAGAAAAAAUUUCGUUUUUAUCAAUUACUCGUGUUGAUUCAACAAGGUGAAAGAAAAUUGCAAAAAUUAUCGAAUGAUAUUAACGAAAUGAACCAAAAUAAAUCGGUAAUACCUGAACAAAUGAAUAUCAAUAUUGAUGAUGUUCGAACAAAACUCAACAAGUAUAAAGAAGAACAAAUUGAUUUAUAUAAAUCAUUAGAUAAUGAAGAUAAAGAAAAAGAAGAAGAAAAGCAAAUAUGUCGUUUAUACGAAUUAGCUACAUGGAUAAGAAAAGAAACAGCAUUGAAAGAAUUACGUUACGAUUGGACCAAAAUGAAACAAUAUCAUCAAGCUAAAAUUGACAAAUUCCAUCCAAUAAUUACUAAUCAUCAAAGUCAAUUACGACAACUUAAAUAUGAACAAAAACUAUUAAUUGAACGUUUACUCGCUGUAAAUGAAAAAGAAAAAGAAAAAAAAGCACGUUUAUUUGAAUUACUCGUCUUGAUUCCUCGACAUGAAGAAACAUUGGAGGAAUUAUGUAAUGAUAUGGACAAAAGUGGUAAACAUAAUCCAGUAGAACUUGAUCAAAUGAAUACUAAAAUUGAAAAUCUUAAAGUAAAAUUAACUAGAUAUAAACAAGAACAAGAUCGAGCAUUAGAAGAUUUAACUGAUGCAGAUGAAGAAAGUUCUAAAGAGAAACAACAAUUUCGUUUUUAUCAAUUGUUUGUAUUGUUUCAACAAGGUGAAAAAAAAUUGAAAACAUUAUUGGAAGAUACAGAUGAAAUGAAACAAAAUAAUUUGGUAAUACCCGAUCAAAUGAAUAUCAAAAUUAAUGAUCUUCAAAUAAAACUCAACAAAACAUAUACACAUCAACUUUUGAUCAAUUAG